AUGGGCUCGACUGCACUCACCUGCUGUAUCCUCUGCCUGCUGAUGGGCCAGGCCAUCGCCAAGUGCCGCCCCCAGAACUACACCCUCUACAUGGAGCGGAAGGAGUGUGAUCACUGCAUGACCAUUAACACCACCAUCUGCAGUGGCUUCUGCUAUUCCCGAGACAGCAACAUGAGGGGACCCAUAUGGAAGCCUUACAUGAUCCAGCGGACCUGUGUGUAUCAGUCGCUGGUGUACCGUACUGCGAAGCUGCCCGGCUGUCCCAGCAAUGUCGACCCGCUUUUCUCUUACCCCGUGGCUUUGCAGUGCCACUGCAGCAGAUGCAACACCACCAGCAUCGAAUGCGUCCAGAGGGCCAGAAGAACCUCCACCAGGUGCUCCAAGUCCAUCCGCCAUGUUGGCCCCUCCCUUGGCUAG